AAAAAAUGAUGUUUAGGUAAAGAUUAUUCAGCUAGAUAUAUAUCGCAGUCUAGCUAUGUUGUUCUUCAUAGCUUAUACAUCAUUAUUGUUGACUACAUGUAUUUCACUAGACCCUAUUUUAGAGUUUGGCACAGUGACCCUGAUUUUGUUGCGACGGCCCUGUAUGUUCAGUCAUCGAUCGCCUCCUCCAUCUCCCACUUCCGAGUUCUGACAAGGUUGUCUACUCCGGUUGGAGGAAAUCAAACCAUCUCGAAUUCUAGGCUCCUCACAAUUAAGUAGACAAGACAUGUUCUGAUAUGAUUGAAGCAAUGCGUUAAUCUCGCACAAACAGUACCGUUCAGCCGAAAUUUGGGUGAAAAGGUGGAUCUUCUGAUGAACAGGACGAUAUUUCGUAUAAACAGUAAUUUCGGUCACAUUCGAAAAGGCGGCCAAAUUUUUUUUAUUAUUGUACCCAACAGCCUUGUGCUUCAGUGCUUAAAUCUUUAAUCUUUAUCUGUACAAAUAAUUUACAAAAUAGAUCCUGCAGUGGAUGGCUACCUUACAAGCAAAGAACCAUUCCGAUGACCACAAUGAUGACAAAAGCAAACGUCCUAUAUGCACAUUUGUCCCUUUGCUUCGAUCUGGGUGCAUUCUCGUUGAGCCAUGAUCUCUCGCUCUGUUGAACCUGUUCAUCAUUAAUCAUAAUUUUUUUUUGAGGGCGAUCAUUAAUCGUAAUUGGCUCAAUGUUCUUGGCUUCUGUCAUCAUAUACUCUAUUACCAGUGCAGCUUCAACUUAAUUUAGAGUCCAGAUCAGGCUGAGAUACGACCACGACAUGAUCGUUCACAGGAGAAAUGGCUCCGUUCCAGUAGUUGAAACGGAUGCUGCAGUGUUGUUUCAUCUGAAGAUCUAGUUGCUACGUGCGCCGCAGAGAUUAUUGCUCGAGACUAGCUAGCCGGCUGGCAGGCUCAAGUGAAUCCAAUCCAAUCAAAUCAAAUCCAGCAUGCGUACUGAGGUUAUCAAGGAGGACACCAUCGAUGGAGCCGUCGAACGAAUCUUGGAAGAACUGAAGGAGGACGACGCUACUGGUACCGCUAGAAGCAGCACCAGCAGCGGCAGGCGCAAUGUCAUCUACUUCGACGGCUGGGACGGGCUGGGGGCAUCCGCCGUCCUCCGAGCCGUUGGCCGCCGCCUCAGCGCACCACCUGCGGGCGCCGGUCUGGAGUUCUCCCAGGUUAUCCAUCUCGACUGCUCCAAGUGGGAGAGCAGGAGAGCGACGCAGAGGGCUCUCGCGAAGCAGCUUAAGCUCCCUGCGUCGGUGAUGGCCAUGCUCGACGCAAGAGAUGAGGAGGAGGAUUACCAGGGAGUGGACAAGGCCUCCCGUGCUGAGACACCGCAGGUCGCCGGAGCCAUAUGUCAACACAUCCAGAAGCUUAACCGCAGAUUCCUGGUGAUUUUCCUCAACGGGAGCAGCGAGGAGAUCGAUCUUGACAGCUUGGGCUUCCCACUUUCCGGGUACCUAGGGAACAAGGUGCUGUGGUCAUUCCAAGGGAGAUUUCGGCUCUACCCAAGGACGAAGGUUGACAGGGCCCUGAUGAGCACGAGGACGACGACAGAGGUUGUUCUCUCGGCAGUCUCACCCCACAACAACUUGUCCCAGAUUUUGGAGCAGGAGGCUGCAGAGGUUGCAAGCGAGAUCAAUAUUGGCGGCGUCCGCUGGUCUGAAGCAGCUACCAAUUGCUUCUUGCACACGGUGAAGCUUUAUGACAUGGGUAGUCGCCUGGUCGAUUAUGACUUGGCAACCCAUGGCUGCAACUACUGGAAAUGUGAUGGCAUCAUUGAGCUAGAACAGGGAGAUGUUGGCACUAACGAGGAUGCUGAUAGACUCUGGCAAUCCUGCGAUGCUCUGCAGCGCGAGAUGAGAAUGGAUGUGGACUUUUAUCAGAAUCCAUAUUUGCCAUCUGCGCUGGCAAAGGGUCUGCCAGAGCGGGCAUACUGGACUUCACCAACCUACGGGUUCAUGCUGACCCCGAGACGGAUUCGUAAAGGCACGUUCCAACACUUGGACAAACUUUGCGUGCUCAAGCUAUCAGGGUGCAUGUUCAGCUUGGUAUCACCUCCGUUCCUUUGCUGCCACAACCUUAGGUUUCUCUGGUUUGACCACUGCCGACCUUUAGGGAGAACAGAUAAUGUGGUAGGGAAGGCGGAGGAUGACAUCCGCCAGUGCUUCCAAAGGCUGUGGGUGCUGGACGUGCGCUGCUCAAAUUCCGCCUUCUUGUCCGCAAAGAUGAUUGAUUUCAUGACUCAACUCAGGGAACUAAAUGUGAUGGAAGAAGAUUGGCUGGACAUGGAUCAUUUUCAGGGGCGGCUCCACAACCUUCGUAGGUUCCGAGUAACACAGUCUUGUCCCGUUUGCCUCAUAGACCCGGAAUAUUUGUUCUCAGGGAUGGGCAAGUUGGAGCUUCUUGAAUUCUCAGGAAAUUAUUCCUCCAUGUCCUUGACGACGAAGAGGCCACUUUGGUUAUCUGUGGGAAGCAGCUGUAGCAGCCUUGAGACUGUCAUUAUUGAUAGAUGUGAAUAUUUGCCAAGGAUCUCCUUGACGGGAUGUGUUAAUCUGAAGAAUCUAUUCUUGAGCGGGUCGUUCCCGAACCUCCACAGCCUAGACAUCACUGGUUCAGCAGUGAAAACACUAGACCUCAGUGCAGUGACAGCUCCAGUCCUGGAUGAGCUCAUUCUACUUGACUGUGGGAAGCUUUGUGCAAUCCUAUGGCCCCCAGAAGACAAGAAGAAAAGAUACUUGGGUAAGCUACGCGUCGACACCACCCAAAAGGCUGGAGGUGAUCAUGGUACAGGAAGAUCACCACCACCCACUGCAUUUAACUGGUAUAUUUCUGUGAGGGAUGCAAGGCUCCUGGGGUCGCUUGCGCCUGUCAAAGAUUAUUUCGUUCCCCACUGUGCACAUCUGGAGAUCUCAACAAUUCCAUCCCCUACUUGUGCUCCUGCUGCUACUGCUACUGCUGGCAGCAAAGGCGAUGGAACCAAGGGUGGCAGCAGGCAGAAAGUGCAGGUAAACCUGCAGCAAAAGGCGCUUAAAGAGCAUGCGACAUACACAGAUAUCUCUGCCACCCUAAAUGCAUUAUUAUGCCAAGGACCGGUGAUCAACUGUUGUAUGUGUCCUCCUCCCCCAUGUGUGCCAUCCCAAGGGUGCUACAUGCACAUAGAGGACCAAAUGAGAGUCGGAGCUGCAAACAGUAUUACUAUACCAGGAUUUAUAUGUGACAGUGCCAAGAUCCUGCACGUCCACGAUAGCUCGUCCAUCACCAGAAUCCUCGCAGUUCCAUUAGUUUCAACGACGUGGAAUCAGCUCGAGUGGUGUCGAGCCGAGCGGUGCCCCAAUUUGGAAUGCGUCAUCAGUUCCCGGAAUGGUGCAGGACCAGGAGGCCGCAGCGGUAACGACACGGAUAUGUUUAAGAAGCUACGGACCAUCUGGGCGUCACAUCUCCUCAACACGCGCUGCAUUUGGAGCUGGAGCGUCUCAGUAGGACGCUGGGAUACCGCGUUUGUGGGGCUCACGUUGCUGCACCUCGACCACUGCCCCAGGCUGAUAUAUGCUACCCAUUUGGCCGAGUCGCAGGGCUUGGAAAGUUUGGAGACCCUCCAGAUCAUGUGGUGCGGUGAUCUUAGUAUGGUCUUCAAAGGGUCUGCGAAUUGGAGGCUGUUUCCCAAUCUGAAGCACAUCCACCUGCACGAGCUCCCCAAGCUGCAGGGCAUCUGCGAUGUUGGCUGCCAUACGGAUGCGGCCAAUCUCGCGACCAUCAAGAUCAGGGGCUGCUGGAACCUCAAGAGCUUGCCUAAUGUUGCAGGCAAGAAUGUGGUGGAGUGCGACUGCGAGAAGGAAUGGUGGGAUAGCCUGGAGUGGGACCCCUAUGUGGAGCCCAGCCUGCAGUACACGCCGACCCACCCGCGGCACUACAAGAAGACCAUGCUCAGGGGCUCCGUCCUCAGGUAGUAGUUCCUUGGUUUGAUCUGCUCUGCUUCCAUGUUUGGUCGUCCAUCCAUCCAAAGAUACAGGGCUAGCUAGUAUCACAUUUACUGUUGUGUGAACAAGUCCGAAAGCUAAAUAACUGGGGAACAUAUCAGAUGCAAACCAACCUCUUCGUAUAAACUAUGAAAACUCCAAUCUGACCCAUCAAAUCAACAUCCAAGGGGAGGGGCGCAAAGAGGUGGGAGGGGGGAUUUGCAAAAGAGUGAUUACCCAAUCCAAGGGCGGGUCCGUACCCCUUGGAUGUUGAUCCAAUGAUUCAGAUUGGAGUUUCCAUAGUUUGCACGGAGAGGUUGGUUUGCACCUGAUACGUUCCCAAAUAACUGUGGAAAUUUCCUUAAGUUUAUGCAACAGAAGCUCGGCUCUAUGCCUGCGAGCAGUUGCGAGUUUCUGCUAUGCUCAAGCCUACCCGCCUCGUGCGCAUGCUGUGGCGUGUGAUUUGUCAACAAUGGUGUGUGGAUUGAUUGUUGUUUUGUAACUCAUCUCAUUAUAAAUAAAUAAUCCACGUGUUGUGUGGUUU